CCCACCUCAUAAGAAACUAAACCACUCAACUCCCCACACACACACCCAAACCCAAGAUUACUACUCACCUCUUACACAAAAGAAGUGAUAUAGUAAGAGAAGGAGAAACAAGAUAUAUACAUAUUGAGAGAGAGAGAGAGAGAGAGAGAGAGAGAGAGAGAGAGAGGAGAGGAGAGGAGAGGAUCAAAGAGAGAUCUCUAACAUUAUAGUGUACUAUGGAGCUCUUUUCACCACAAACUGAACUAUCACUGCAAAUUAGUCCCCCAGGUACUACCACACCAAUAACACCAACUUGGAGUAGAUCACUUGAUGAGAACAUGGACAUAGGGUAUUGCAUGAGAACCCUAGACUCCUCCUCUUCCACCACCAACAACUGCACCAUGGUACCUUCUUCGACGGCUAAGGCGAUUGACUCCGCCUUCGAUCUCUCCUUAGCAUGUCCAAGUACCACAAAAAGCGGUGAUCUCCUCGACUUGCACUACAAUGAGAGCUACCAACACCAAUACCACCAGGAUCUUAGCUUGUUGAGACCCCUCAGAGGAACCCCUCUAUACCAACACCACUCUAUAGCUCCUCCUUUUCCUCAUCAACACCUCCCAUACUUGUACCAUGAUUAUUGCUCUUCGGCAAGUAACUUCACGAUGCAGUUCGCGGCGAACUCGAGAUCGAGAUGCUUGUUGAGGAUCCCUACGAAAAGAAGCGUGAGAGCGCCGAGAAUGCGCUGGACCACAUCGCUCCACGCGCGCUUCAUUCAUGCUGUGGAGCUCUUGGGAGGCCACGAGAGGGCUACACCAAAGUCAGUUCUUGAGAUAAUGGAUGUGAAGGAUCUCACCUUGGCUCAUGUGAAAUCUCACUUGCAGAUGUACCGGACAGUGAAGAACACUGAAAAGCCCUUAUCUUCUUCAGGGCAAUCUGAUGGUCCUGAUCUGAAUGGGUCGACCGGAGAAGUAUCUGAUGACAAUUCGCUCGAUCUAAACAACACGAAAUCAAAAUCAUCAGCUCAAAGUUGUUUAUGGAGCAAUUCUUCUAGCAGGGUUGGUUGGUCUAAUGGCUUACCAAGUGAUCAUUCCACCAAUAAGAAAAUGGACUCUCUUAAGGAAAUGCAAUCCAAAAGCAUUGAGAUGUUAUCGGAUAUGAACUCAUCGUGCGUCUCGGAGGAGUUGAGCCCGAGCAGCCUCAAUCUCGAGUUCACUUUGGGAUGGAGACAUUGAUCUGCGCCGCUAAAAGUUCAAUCAGAUAGGAAACAACUCGGGAGUAGUCUUAACAGUUGAAAGUAGAGAUAGUCAUGAUUCAAUUUAGAACCAUCAUGCAUGAUAAUUUUGCUAAAACUAAUGAGGGAAGGACAAUGGCACCUUUGCUUUAGUCCCCAACAAAUUAAGAUGCAAAAAAAUGUCAUCUAUGUUAUCUUAUAUUAAUAGUUCUCUUAUGAUAUA